AUGGAGUCUGUCAGUAGCGGUAUCGAGCUGGCGCAGUUACAAGAUGCCAUCAAAGUCGCUGUAGACGCAAAGGAAUUAAGACCAAUCAUCAUCUCACUUAACGGUGAUAAUACAUGGCUAUGGUCCUUUCCUCGCCCCAGCAAAGAACGUGAGGAGACUGGCAAAGCAUUCUUCCACAUCGUCUUCGAGCCCUGGCUCAAUGGACCUACGGGUCUACCUGGCCCCGUCGGACCGUGGUUGGUCUAUCUCAAUCUUGCUGCGCCUCCAGCAGCAGCUACGGCGGAGGAUAUCGACGAUAUCGUGCGCCGUAUCGAGACGACUUGGGCUGCAUGCAACGGGCGCACUUUCAAGCAAUCAGAGUCACCGAUUGUGGACGCCAUUCUGCUCGGUUUCCACUACUCGGAUCAUCUGCAUGAGCCCACUUUGCGCUUGUUCGACAAGCGCAUACCUGUUGUCCUUACGCCACAGGGCCAGAAUACAGUGCAAGCUCUCAACCACUUCGAGCACAUCAGUCUCGUACAUGACAUGGCUCCCAAUGCUUCUACGUGGCGGAGUCUACAGCAUUCCGACGGACUACCUGAAUGGCUAUCACCUAUACGCUUGCCCGGUCAUCACGAGCUGAACUACCUUUUCGCGCUCAUCUGGACUCGAACGUCGCCAGAUGGACAAGAAGAGCACCAAGCGAUCUACCAGUCACCGCACGGUCUCAGGCUCGACCAGAAACCACUACAAGCAUUUCUCCAAUCAUCGCCACAGCCACAGCCACUUGCACUUUUUCACGGUCUCAAGGAAAGUCGUGCCAUGGGUAUGGUGAAUACGUAUGGUGCUGACGGUGGUCUACGUCUGUGGCGCAUGCUUGGUGAGCCUAAGCACUGGAUCGUGUCACACAAUUUACCUUUGGAGUAUGCUGGAGUGGUCAUGCGGAUGUUGUGGGUUCAUGAUACACCUCGUACCAUUGAAUGGGCGUUGGGAAGGGAGGGAUCAGAAGCUAAGGGUGGUGCGAAAACUGUUCCGCGAGUGCUGCACAUCGGUAGUGGUCAGGCGUCUUUGCUGUAG